AUGCCUCCGCGACGACAGAAACUACGCAAUGGCACCUGGAUUGUUCCCGGUACCGGUGAACGCACUCGCCGCCAGUUUUCCCUGCGAUAUCCGCACCUCGAUGGCCCCGACGACGAUGACGGCAUACGCCCCCUCACCGAAGGUAACACGGUGAAGGAAAAGGCCCGGAACUUGUGGCACAAUACUCGCGUAGCGUCUGGGAAUCUAUGGGAAUGGAUGAAUUCGCCAAAAGGUCGAGGCACAAUAAAAUGCUCUAUCGCAUACCUACUGGCUAGCAUGGGGACCUUUUGGCGCCCUGCUGCUAGGUUUCUAGGCCCGAUGGACGGGAAACAUAUCGUCGCUACCAUUACUGUCUAUUUCCACCCGGCUAGGUCGACAGGCUCGCAGAUAGAAGCUGUUGCUAUUGCUGUCGUCGCCGUGUGUUAUGCCAUGUUCAUCGGAACUUUGUCUAUGGCCACUUCGGUACUCUUCGGGUCAGUUUUGGACAUGGUCGAGUUGUCUUACAUUCUAGUUCUCACAAUAUUCAUUGGAGGUGGCCUGGGCUUUGUCGGAUGGGUUAAGCAGAAGCUCAAUAAUCCUCUCGUGAGCGUACCAUUAUGGGUGCUGCCUUUUGUCUUGGUCAACUGGUGGAUAUCGGAUGGUAACGGUAUCGCGCUCGCCUUCUUAGGCUGGGCUGUCGCCUUUGGUGCGUUUUAUAUUAUGAUCGAUCGCGGUAAUCCGGCAUUUGGUCGCUUCAUAUUGCUAAGCUACAACGUGUCCUCAUUAUACGCGUAUUCGCUCACACAAGAUGUCGAUGACGAUGACGACGACGAAGGUGGUAUCCACCCAAUUAUCAGUUCCAUCGCUUUCCACAGAGUUGUGGCCGUGUCUGUCGGCAUUAUCUGGGGUCUCAUUAUAUGCCGCCUGAUAUGGCCCAUGCCUGCCCGUCAAAAGUUCAAGGAGGGUCUAGCAGUUCUUUAUCUACAAAUGGGACUCGUCUGGAAGCGAGGCCCGCUAGCUGUCCUCCUCCGCAACGACACUGCAGCUGCGAGCUACAUGAAGAUAGGUGAGCAGGCUGCUAUGCAGCGGUACGCUUCGCAGCUGCAGACGCUUCGUGUCGCGGCAAAUAAUGAGUACGAACUCCGCGGGCCAUUCCCCUUCGAGGCGUACGGGCGCAUUAUGUCCUCGACGCAACGAGCGCUCGACGCGUUCCACGCUAUGAGUUUGGUGACGCAGAAGCACGGCCGCCUUAGCGACGGCGAGAAAGCAUUAUUGUAUUACACAGCAGAGGAGCGAGAGCAGCUGUGCGCGCGCAUAUGCCACGUGUUUCAGGUGCUCGCAUCCAGCAUCAUGCUCGAAUACCCUCUAACGGACGCCAUUCCGGGUGUCAUGGUUAUCCGAGACAAGCUACUAGGCAAGAUCUUCCGAUUUAGGAAGGAGCAUAACCAUAUCGAAGCCGCAGCGGAGGAUGGCGGUAAAGCCUCGUCUACCACCGCGGAGAACGGCGACGGGGAUGCAAAUGCUAAAAGUGGUCUCAGGGUUAGGGUCCCGUCACUAGGUGACAUCGUCGUAGAGGAACCGGACUAUGCGCUCCUCUACGCCUACGCUCUAGUUACGGGCCAGCUGGCGAAGGAGCUAGAAGUUGUGGAGAAGGAAAUCAAAGAACUAUUCGGGCGGCUCGACGAAGAUGCGCUGUUACUACAAUAG